GGGAAGUACGCUUCCACUUCUACAUUCUCGAUCAUCGUCUCGAUCCGUUGGUCUGACGAGCGAAAGCGCGAUCGGAGAACUGCAAAUCGAGAUGGCGGCGGCGGCGGUUCAGGCCGCCGCGGGCGGGGGAGGCACGCUGUCGGAUCUGUACCAGAGCGCGAAGCGCUCUUUGCUUAGGACCAGAGCCGGAAUGGAGAGGCUGGAGAGGCUCGAAUUCUCCUCCUCCUCCGGCAGCGGCGGCGGCGGCGGCGGAGGGCUCGAAUCGCAAGAGCUCUCGAGCUCCAUCAAGAGGGACAUCGCUCAGAUCCAAUCCCUGUGCGCCGAGAUGGAACGCCUCUGGCGCUCCAUCGCCGCCAAGUCCCAGCGCGAUCUCUGGAAGAGAAAGGUGGAACAGGUAGCUGAGGAGACUGAAUCAUUGAAAGAGAGUUUGGAUAAGCACUUCCUGAGGAACCAGAAAAAAAUGAUGGAAGCGAAAGAGAGAGCAGAUUUGCUUGGAAGAGCUAAUGGAGACUCUGCACAUGUUUUGAGAAUUUUCGAUGACGAAGCUCAAGCAAUGCAGUCUGCCCGUAAUUCAGCCCGGAUGCUCGAAGAAUCCUAUGCAACUGGAGUGGCUAUCCUCUCAAAAUAUUCUGAGCAACGUGAACGCUUAAAGAAAGCUCAAAGGAAAGCUCUGGAUGUUCUCAACACCGUUGGACUCUCCAACUCCGUGUUGAAGUUAAUUGAGAAGCGACACCGUGGUGAUAGAUGGAUCAAGUAUGGGGGCAUGAUUUUGACCAUUGUUAUACUGUUUGCAUUCUGGAGAUGGACGAGAUGACCUUAAAUCUGUAAGCACAACAAACCGUUGCUUUCCGCUCACCUUGGUACAAAUUUUUCAUCCGGAUGUCACCAAAGUGGGGAGAGAGUUGCAGAAGGCCCUGCUUUGGGGCACAAGUGCCAUCAUAACUUGGUGUACUGCAGAAACUUAUAUGAUCCUUCUCAAGCGUAUAUAGUUUCCAUACUGAGCCAAGAUGUUGAAUUGAAAUGUGGGAGUCUCAACAUCCAGCUUCGGUGGUGCACUUUUUUUUCAUUUCACAGAAACUACACAAUUGUCCAGCACUCGCUACCAAAUUGGUCUUUAUCUUGUGCUUUUCAACAUUACAAAAUUUAAGUGUUGUGAGCCUCUUGCAGGAAUUAGGGCAAACAGGUGAAUAUUUUCUACUAGGAAAUUAGCCGCAGGUUAUUGCAGAGCAGAGCUUCGGAAGGAUCUGGGUGUUGAUCGGAAGAAUUUUGAGAAGACAUUGUCUGCCGACUUUGUUGAUAUCUUCUCUGCUUCAUGAAUAUUUGUUAUUGACUCUACGGAUCAUACUUGUUUCAGGCUGUCAGCUAUCUUCUUCCCAUUAGACUUUUUCUGAGCUGUCAGUGUCUAAUCUCUAGAUUCUAUCCUCCAUACUUGAAAACUUACAA